AAUAAAACAUUAUCAAUGGGCAUCAAUUAUUCAUCAUUUAGAAUUUUUAAAUACGAGAAUGCAUAUGAAAGCAACGGAACGUGGCUCUGUCGCUAUGAAAGUCUCAGUUUACGACAGGGUUGAUUGAUGACAAAGAGGGUGUCGAGUUUAUAAUGAAAUUGCGAGCACCAGAGACAAUUACCAAUAAUCUACCCUCAUCCUGAAAAUAGGAGUCUACAGGAAUGUCUACACCUAGUGUCACUGGUAGAAUUACAAUGUUACGAUCUAAUCCAGACUCACCAAAAUUAACAGACGUUAAUAAGACAGAAACAAAUAGGAACAAUGAUUUCAGUGAUGACGAUGAGGAACGUCUAGAAAAGACCGAGAUGAACGAUAAUAAAUUUGAUGAGAAAGGAAAUUCAAAUACUGAAGAGAUAGGGUUCGAGGAAAGUACCAAUGUUGAGGACGAAAAUGGCAAGGAAAGAAACCAUUUAUUUCGUGAUUCCAAUUACGAAAUUAUCAUUACAGAAUUGGAGCAAUUCGCGAAAAGUGAGGACAAGAAAAGAUGGAGUUAUAUAUGUAGUGAUUCGGAUGAUGAUGAUGAUGAAGGAGAUGAUGAUGAAAUUGGUGACGAGCGUCAUCAGGACGACGUGAAAGGACAGGAGUUAGAUGAAAGCAAUGACAGCGAUUUCUACGAUACUGACCUAGACGACCUGUCUCCGGAAAGUAACAGAGCGGAUAAUGACUUUGGAGACAACGAUUACCUGAUCUGUAGACAGAGAUAUCUGGAUGCGUGUUCUAAGUUUGGAGACGUCCCCCCUCAGCGGAGGAUUCUACAGGAACUGGAGAAAAAGACCCUGUCCGUGGCGUAUCGCUGCCUUACCGCCCGGGACAUCAAGCCACUCUGUGUGGCCUUAGUGGACAACCUUCGUGUGGAAAAUCUCAAUCUGUCCAAUUGUGAUAUUGGAAACGAGGGUUGUAUGCAUAUCGCCCAGCUCCUUCUAGACAAUAUCGUCAUCUCCAGACUGAAUUUGUGCAGCAAUGGGAUUGCCUAUGAGUCUAUGAAGACUUUGUCACAUGCCUUGUCUUACAACAAAAUUCUACAACAUCUUGACUUGUCAGGAAACAAAUUAGAUCACAAAGCAACGUUCCUGUUGGCGCCUGGACUAGCGAAAAAUUCCGCCUUGGUGUCAGUAAAUUUCGGCAACAACGCGUUCUGUGAGUUGAGUGGCCUGACCCUGGGCGCCGCUCUAGCUGAAAAUAAACGAUUGCAAGAAAUUGACUUGAGCUGGAACCAGUUGCGAGGGAAGGGGACGGUAGGCAUCCUGAAGGCGUUAGAGAUAAACAAAACUCUGACGUCUAUCAAGCUGGCGUGGAAUGGCCUUCUUUAUGAUGGUUCAGUGGCGGUAUCCAAAUGUCUGAAGUCUAGUAAGACUCUGACGUCACUAGAUAUAUCGCACAAUAACAUUAACUGGAACGGAGCCUGCAUCAUUUCGAAAGGAUUGGCGGCAAACACCACGCUUCAAGUGCUCAAAAUUGGGAACAACCCAUUGACAACGACAGGAGCAAUGGAUCUCAUGAUGGCAGUGUCUAGUGAUGCGAGUAAUGUCAGACUUCUUGAUAUGAUUGAUGUCGCUGUUUUGGGCGAGUCGGAAUUACUGGCAAUCAUGGUCAUGAGCAAACGGAAGUUCCAGUUCAUACAUGGCGGGGUGGUUCAUUCUAGUGAUGUUCUUGGUCAACGAAAGGAGCGGGAAAUAACGGCCAUUGAAAAAGUGAUGUCCUACAUGAAAUCCCUUGGUUUACGCCCUCUCGAGUUGUUAAGGGCUUUUGACAAAUCCGCCAUGAUCAAUGUCUCGCAGAAAGAGUUCAAAACUAGACUGAAGAAGACUGGCGUCCAGCUGUUUCGUUAUGAAAUAGAAUCUCUUGCUCAAAACAUUUCAUCUCGGGCGUCUGGCGAAUCCAGCGGGAUAGAUUAUAGAAAACUUGUGGAAGAAAUUAAUCGUCAAAUUCUAAGCGAAAGGAACAGAAAAAUUGCUGAGCGCAGAAAAAGGGAAAAACGAAGAGAAUAUCAUAGGCGAGUUCUAAAUGUGGAACUUCCUGUAGAAGUUUUGUCUGAAACCGAUGAUGAAAUAUCCCGUCCGCAAACAACACGAAGCGACGGAUCCGUCACAAUGACGUCACGAAGUGGUAUCAUGACCCGCACAACUAGCAAGAAGUCUAUCCCAGUAUCACUGCCUAAGAUCGCAGACGUACAGCACACUCGAUCACUACAACCACUGCAGAUCAAACAGAUCACCCCAGCGAAGAAGCCCGGAUCUACACUCUCCAUGUGUGCACCACUCGGUUGUUCUCGAAAACCAGUCAAGAAGAGUGUGAAGAAGACACAGAAGAAAAGAACAAACACCAGGAGAAAGGAGGAGGGACAAUCAUGGAUGUCCAUAAAUAGAACAAAAGCGGGUUAAACUGCUUAUCUUUAACAGUUGAUAAAGAAACACUUAAAAGGCCUACAUAUUCAGAAUGUUUCUUUUGUAGGUUUUUGCGCCAUGUGAACAUUCGGAAAAAUGAAGCUUCAGUAUUUCAAACCUUAUGACUAUUUGUUUUGAACUUAUAUUAUUUUAUAUAGAUAUGUUUUAUACUAAAGGUUGGAACACAAAUAUGUAAAACUUAUACGGUAUCAUUUUUUAUGCUAAAUAUAUCAUUAUACGAUUUUAACUUACGACGUGUACAAAAUAUGUGUCUCAUCACCUAAAGUUGAUGACAUCUCUACAUCGAAUGAGACGUAAUUCAAGUAAACAGCAUGAACAUUCAGCACUAUCAAUGACAUCACGUCUGUGUAAGUCAUCAUGCAUUAGUGUGAAGUGAAUAUUUUAAAAAUUAUAUCAUGGAAAUUUGUAAAACGGUGAAAUCGUUUUCACAUGCUUUUCUCGUACUAUCGCUAUAACGCAUCUGUCAUGAUUUUCCCUAUGGAUCAUAAUUAUCCUUAUUGCAUUCUGUUCUGAAGGUGUAUACAUGUAUUCAUAUUUGAAAUAAAAUUCAAUAUGAUAAUAAGAUGCAAACAUCCCGUAUAGAUUUUCAUGCAAUUGAUAUAUUUUUAUGUCUUUAUGAUUGGUUUAUAUUAUGAAAAUUUCCAAUGAAUUUCUUUAUCAAUGCAAUAAGUCUUUUGAUAUCCCAAUAGCCCAUUGAAUUGCUAUUUGUUUCCAUAAUCCUCUCAUCACUAAAAACACCAUGUCUUAUUCUCCUUCAAUGAACAAUAAGUAUGUAAAACAGUUGUGACGUUUAGUAAUUCGUUUUAAAUUAUCAAAAGUAUUAUUAAUAAUGUCAUAUAAUUUUACCAGACAUAAAAUAUAAAUAUGAGAAAUAAACCAAUUUUGUAAAUGAAGAUAACUUAAUUAGAACUUAACCGAGAAAUCAUGAAAAUGGGUCGGAAAACGCCACUGACUUGACGAAGAAAGACUGGCAACACACGUCAAACCUUACAGAUAUCAGUAGCGGUUAAAAUUUACAUAAAUUGCACAUUGCGAUACGGGAAGAAACAUAUGUCCCAUAAUGCAACGGAGCAAUAUGUGUAUCUAUUAAAAUUCAAUUAUGAUAAAAUUUGAAAUUACCCCGUGUAUGUGGGAUAAACAUAUGCCCCCCAUAAAAUGAAUGUUUUCGAUGCGUUUGAAAUGUAAUUCCGAGUAUUAACAAAUGACUGGGACCAAUGUUCUUGAAAAGGGGACAAAGAUAUGCCACCAUACAAACAUAUAUCACAUUGGAAAAUUCCUCACCGUCUUUCCACCAAGUUCAAUAUGUGUGUAGCAUUUUCAUAACUUGAGCACCAGUGUUCUGGAUGAGGGAUAGACAUAUGGCCUCCUAAGUAUAUAAUGUAAGUAAUCCUGAAAAACACUUGUAAGUCAAGAGCCGUCACACGUAAAACCACUGAGAUCUGCCUCAUAAAUUCACUUCCACACAAACAUAUAUCAACAUGGUGUCACGUGUCUUAUGUAAGAUUUAAAUGCAUCCGAUUUCCAUCUACCCAGGAAUAUAAUCUGAGUAUCACUCAUCCCCCGUGAUGCACAGUUAGAGGCCUUUCCAAUUCGGAAGGAAUGUCCUUUGAAUUUAUUAAUGUUCAAAUCUCAAAAUAUGCAUGAGACUUUGUUUUAAUGUGUUUGAGGACUGUAAUAUUUGGAGGGUAGCAAAAUAGGGGCCCCAUAACCCUUCCUCUCAUUUUCAGGUAUUGUUCUAAUGCCCCCACUGGACAAUAUUUUGAAGAGUUGCAUGAUUUGUAAAGACUUUACCACCAGAAUGUUUAUAAUUUUGAAAGUGAAUCAAAAUGUUGCUUUUAAAAAAAAAAAAAGUAACCAGUGACAUUUGUAAGAUAUGAGUACAUGUAGCAGUGCCACUUGACGUCAUUUCCCCUAUUCUGAGGAACCCAUGGAAGGCCAGUAAAAACAUGGCAUUAAAUAGUACUUUUUUAUUUUCGUAUGCACAGACCUUAAUGUAUAAUGUAUACAUGUAUAUUGUUCCAGAGGACGUUUUGUUAUGAUUUGAUCAAUACGCUAUUUUCACGA